AAUUGUUUCAAAUGAGUCAAAAAAUAGAUUCGCAUGAAAAUAAAUAAGCGAGAUCUAAACAAAAUAUACAAGAUUUUAAGGUUUAUUUGCUGAUUUAAGUUGUUUUUGAAUAAUGACCGCUAUGGCGGGGUCUUCAUGGGAAGAGUUGCGGAAGCAAGCACGGCUGCUUGAAAAUGACAUAGAUGUAAAACUGGUAGCAUUUAGUAAGCUAGGUGUGAGCUCAAGUAGUUCUGGACUGAGCUCAGAGAGUGUGCCUCUAAUAAACAGUGAUGACAUGUUUGACACCUUGUCUAUGGAGCUACAACAACUUUUAAAUAAGUUAUCCAGUAUAAAUGACAAAAUGGCAGAUAUGGCUCCAAGCGGCACUGCUACAAUGCACACUAUUAAGAGACACAGAGAAAUAUUAAUGGAUUACCAACAGGAGUUCUCGAAGACAUCAGCGCGUGUGAACGCUCGACGCGAGCGCGAGGAGCUACUGCGCGGCGCCAGCCCCCCGCCCGCCGCCACCAUAGGACUCUCGCGCCGCGACCAGUACUCCAAGGAGGCCAACCAUCUUCACAGUUCCCACAUACUGGUGGAUGAACAAAUAAACAUCGCGAUGGAGGCGCGCGAGCACCUCGCCUCGCAGCGACAGACAUUCAAACGUAUGCAGACCACAUUCAAUAAUAUCACUAACAGAUUUCCAAUGCUGAACAGUUUAAUCUACAGGAUCAAUGCUCGCAAACGCCGCGACUCCCUGAUCUUAGGUCUCGUUGUAGCAGUUUGUACAUUCUUGUUAUUGCUCUAUGCAUUCCAUUGAGCGACUGACUGGUUUGAUAUCAAGUGUCCGUACUAUCUAACAUGUCUUAAACAUUCGGAUGUGACGUCACAGUAAUGUUCCUAAAAUAUAUUUCAAAUAUGCUGUGUGUAAACCAACCUUAUUCUUACUUGCAAUUUAUAGAAGUCUUA